UACAAUCUGUACGCUGUAGUCUGUACUACGAGUACUGGCCUGCUGCGGUUUUUCUUCCCAAAAAAAACUAAACCCAAAUUCUUCUCCCUUUCCUUCUCCAACAGUCUUUCCUCAAGAAAUGGACGGCCGCAGACAUCACCGCCGUUCGUCGACCCUUUACAAAGAAACCCUUCUUCAGAAUCCCACAAAUUCCCUCGACCAAACUACUCACAAGAGAGCAAUGGAAAAGUUUAGAGAAGUGGUUUUCAAACUCGCCGAAACUCACCCAAACGCGGCCUUAACUCCGGCCGCCAGAACCCUUCUCCAAGAUCGCUUUAACCAGUUUGCUUCUCAGUACAAAACCCCCGAUCACCCACCUUAUUCCGCGAUGAUAGAAAGGGCUCUGCAGGAGUUGAACGAUAGAAGGGGUUCGAGUGAGGACUCCAUAUCACAGUUUCUGGAAAAAGCUUACAAUAAUUUGCCAUGGGCAGACUCGGCAUUACUGAAACAUCAUCUGCAAAAGCUCUAUGAAUCUGGUGAUAUUGUCAUAACACGUGACAAAAAAUAUAUGCUUGCUGCACAAAAUCCAAGUCUGAAGUCGAGUACAAAAGUGAAGAGGAAGUCAUCGAGGAGGAAGUGGAGGUGGGACUGGGAGAGGCAGAGAAACUGGCAGCGUAAGAAGCAAUUGCUUAUGAAAAGAAAUCAACAGAAAGGUGAAAAAGUUGAAGUUGUAGAAAAGUGUGGCGAAUCUGACGAUAAAGAACAACAAUUAUUUGACCAUGGAGUACAUAAUGAAGAUGAGCAAGUCAAGGAUGAUCAGACUAGGAGACUGGUAUCUUGUUAUGAUGGAGAAAAUGGUGCUUGUGGCAAUCCCAGCUUUUUGCCCACUGAAGCAAAUGAAAAAUACUCAGUGGAGGCGAGGCCACAGCAGCAAGAAAUUGGCCCAUCUGAAGUUGUGGAAGCUGACAUUUGGGCUGCACAAACACAAGAGCAGGAUGAGAGGCCUGAACCUCCAACUCCUGAAAGGCCUCCUGGUUUUGAAUCGAUUGGAGUUGAGAAUUUACGUCGUACGAACUCAUCAGAUCUAGCAAUAGCAAGCGACAAAGAGUUCUUUGAAUCAGCUCGUACAUUGAGACAGAAGAGGCGUUGGAGUUUGAGAUCUCGAAAACCUAAAGCAGGGUCUAUUAUUUCUCUAGAACUAGUAACUUCCCUCGAUUCAGACGAACAUUCUAAUCCAGAAAGGCCUCAGAAUCUACGAAUAGAGAAAAUGCAUCAAGAAAAACAACAAUCAGAACUUGUAAAAGUAGAUGAUCUUGAAGUAACAGAGUCAGUCAAAGAUAGGAAGUUCAAGGGAAAACAGAAAUAUGGUCGGAGAAGAAAAACAAUGUCCAAGCAAUCAGAAAAUGCUACAGAUGCGUCCAAGAACUCAUAUCAACCUACAGAACUUUGGCCUGAGCAUCCUCUUGAGCCAUAUACAACAACAGAUUCAACCGUAUUUACUUCAAACCAAUCAGAACUUCAAUUUCUACGUGAACAAGAACCUAAAGGAUUGACCAGAAGACGCAGGAGUCUAAGAGCUCGCCCUGCCAAAUAUGAAGUCGCUCGAAAUGCAAACUUUUUGGACAUAUCUCGACCACAAGAUUGUCGUGAAGAUCGUCCAGAAAUGGUCUCUAGACAUCGGCCCAAAAAGAUGGACUACGGGUUGCUAGUCAGUGGUUCUAAGCAGAAGCUGGAGGAGGAGCACAGCAGAAAACGAGGACUUGGAAGAUCGGUCAAAUGUGAUUCUGCCAGGCCUCCGAAAGAUGAGACGAAGAGAGCUGACACUAAGGGAGUGCCGUUCAUUUCUACUGUUGUACUUGCUCUUGAACAAACAAAGCAUCGGCGUCCCGUUAAAUCUCCAAAGAUCCGAAGAUGUUGGAGACGUGCUAAGUCUGAUACUGGGUAAUACCAGAGCAAGGUGCCUGUAGGCUUCGGAAGAUGGAGUGGUCGAAUGAACAUAAACAAACGUGUGAGUUCAGUGUGAAAGGUGGGGAUGUCUCCAUUGAUUUCUUAAUUUAAUCACAUUUGUCUAUGAAACCUAUGCCCAAGUAACAUCAUUAUCUUGAAAACCAUGCAUUUUGGUAACAAUUUUUUCCUCCAUUGAUGAACAUUCUGUGCAUCACCCUUGCGGCUUAAUACAGAGGUCCUUUUCUUGUGGAGAUCA